AUGACUUUCCAAACCAUUAUCGCGCCUUCUUAUAUAGGGCCCUACAAGUUUAGGAAAACUAUAGGUGAAGGUGCAUUCUCUGUGGUUAAGUUGGCAAUCAACGAGGCUACAAAACAAUUCUUCGCGUGUAAGAUUGUGCCACGCUCCUCAUUAAACUCGAAAGAAUUGGAAGAUAGAUUUGAAAUAGAAAUCAGAAUAAAUCAACAAAUUCAUCAUCGCGGAGUUGUUCAAAUUAUCGAUCUGUUAUCGGACGAAAUGAAUUACUAUAUAUUUAUGGAGUUUUGCCCAAGCGGAGAAUUGUUUAAAUAUAUUGUCGAUAGAGGUAAACUUCCAGAAAAUGAAGCACAAAUUAUUUUACAUCAGAUUUUGUCUACUUUAGCUUUUGUUCAUUCGUUAGGAAUAGCUCAUAGAGAUCUCAAACCAGAAAACUUACUCUUUGAUCCAUACGGAAGAAUCAAAAUAAGCGAUUUUGGCUUGUCCAGAUUUGUCGGCGGAGGAGGUUUAGUUGAAACCCCUUGCGGCUCCCCAUGCUAUGCAUCACCAGAAUGUUUAAGUGGCGAGCCCUAUGACGGUAGAAAGAGCGAUUUAUGGAGCCUUGGAGUUAUUUUAUAUGCGAUGGUUACAGGGCAACUCCCCUGGACAAAACGUACUCAAGAACAGUUAUUCAUUCAGAUAAGAAGUGGAGACUUUAUAAUCCCUUCGUAUUUAACUCCUGAGUGUCAGGAAAUGAUUUCAAGUUUAAUGUCAGUAGAUCCUCUAAAAAGAGUUUCUGCCGCUGAUGCACUUAAACUACCAUGGUUGACCUCAGUUCAUCCUGAUUUAACUGGGGAUCAAGGACAACAAUUAACGAUGGUUAGUCUUAAAAAAGUCGAUGAAUUCUUUAAUCAGGGAAGCAAAGAUUUGAAUUUAACUGGCGUGAAGCCAGAAGAACUCGGCCAAAUGGCUUCCCAACGCCCUACAGAUUAUAAUUUCAUCGUUAAAGAAAUCAAAAAUUCACACAGAUUACCUUCACUUACGCAACCGAUUAGGCGCUCUCAAUUACAUCCAUUAGUCCCAUCCUCGGUGCUUUUUAACAAAACAAAAAAGCCUGUUUCUCGCGCGACCGUAGAAGUCGAAAAACCAGUUUCUCUACCAAAACUCGGUAAGAAACCCACUGCGAAAAACGGGAUUUCCGUGCUUAUAUAA